AUGGAACCUAUAGGAGCCAUUUCAGAAAGAGAAUGGAUAUCUCUUAGUGGAGCUUAUACUGCUGAAGAAUCUGAUUUCAUGGCUAAUUUGCUCAACAAUUAUUGUCUUCCAAAUGAGCUAAAUUCAGAUUUAAGCUUGGAAAUUCCUUCUGCUUAUUGGGCUUCUAAUGAACCACCUCCAUCUUUGACCAUGGCAGCCAUGGAUGAACCUUCUUAUUAUUCUUCAGAUGCUUCUGAUUCUUCCAAUGUGUAUAAUCUUCCACCAGCCAACAACAAUAAUCAUCCUUACACUUUCACUGAUUCUCACCCUCUUUGGUUGCCUAAUAAUGGUGCCUCUUUGUCCUUGGAUUUCUCCAUGGAGGAUGUCGGGAAUGCCGAUUGCUUGGCCGACGACAAUGGUUCGAAUGUUCGAAAAACAAGGCAAUGCAGGCUGCAACAUUCCUCUGCUGACCCUGUUCUCAAUGGGAAAAGCUCACAACCGAAACGAAGAGCCGAGGAGGCAACAAUGGAAGAAACUAUGAGGGAUGAUAAAGUUGUGCCGGUUUCGGUUGAGAACGUCUCGAGGAAGCGAUCCCAAAGUUUGCUUGAUGUUGAAAAGACGAAAAGGAGCGUGAGGGCGCGGAAGAGCUCGAAGAUCGCUUCGGCUAGCUGCAAUGAAGAUGAUCAUCACAUUGUUAGUCCAAAUGGGCAAUGCACAAGCAGCUUCAGCUCUGAGGAUGACUGUAAUGAACCUCAAGAAAUCAAUGGUGGAAUCACUUCUAGCUCAACCUCAAAUGGAAAGCCAAGAGCCAGUAGAGGCUCAGCCACAGACCCUCAAAGCCUCUAUGCCAGGAAAAGAAGAGAAAGAAUCAAUGAAAGGUUGAGAAUCUUACAAAGCCUUGUCCCGAACGGCACAAAGGUUGAUAUCAGUACAAUGCUUGAAGAAGCCGUUCAAUAUGUGAAGUUUUUGCAACUUCAAAUCAAGUUGUUGAGCUCUGAUGAGUUAUGGAUGUAUGCACCUAUUGCUUACAAUGGAAUGGACAUUGGACUUAACUUGAAAUUGAUGAAGCAAGACAAUGCAUCACAAUAG